CCUCCUUUUUCAUUCCACUGUGCUCUCUUUCUUCCCCUCUUGAUCCUUACUUUAAAGCCUCUUGUGGUCUGCUGUGAACUGCGGGCUCUCUCCACAGAUCGCAAUGCUUCUCUCUCAGACCCGGGGCCGUCUGCCCUCGACUCUGCGGAGCUUGACGACUCGAGCUUCCAUUCGUUCCCUUUCUACUACCCUCCCUAAGCAAAAGGCCUCUGCUGCCGACGAAGAAAAACCCAUCCUCAACAAGGUCUCCCGUCAUGUCACACAGCCCAUCUCCCAGGGCGCCUCCCAGGCCAUGCUCUACGCCACGGGCCUCACCGAAGCCGAUAUGAGCAAGGCCCAGGUUGGUAUCUCGUCCGUCUGGUACAAUGGAAACCCCUGCAACAUGCAUCUGCUGGACCUGAACAACCGGGUGCGCGAGGGCGUGCAGAAGGCCGGCUUGGUCGGCUUCCAGUUCAACACGGUCGGCGUCAGUGAUGCCAUCAGCAUGGGUACCGAUGGUAUGCGCUUCUCCCUCCAGAGUCGCGAUCUGAUCGCCGAUUCCAUCGAGACCGUGAUGGGAGGACAAUGGUAUGACGCCAACAUCAGUAUCCCCGGCUGCGACAAGAACAUGCCCGGGGUGUUGAUGGCCAUGGGACGCGUGAACCGCCCCAGUCUGAUGGUUUACGGUGGUACCAUCAAGCCUGGCUGCGCCUCGAUGCAGGGCAACGCCGAUAUCGAUAUCGUCUCUGCCUUCCAGGCUUAUGGACAGUUCAUCAGCGGUGAAAUCAACGAGCCCCAGCGGUUCGAUAUCAUCCGUCACGCCUGCCCCGGCGGCGGCGCCUGCGGUGGUAUGUACACGGCCAACACCAUGGCCACGGCCAUCGAAGUCAUGGGUAUGACUCUCACGGGAUCCUCCUCCAACCCCGCCGAGUCCGAGGCCAAGUACGCCGAGUGUCUGGCUGCGGGUGAGGCCAUCAAGAGGCUGCUCGUGGAGGACAUCCGCCCCUCGGAUAUCCUGACGCGCCAGGCGUUCGAGAACGCCAUGAUCGUGGUCAACAUCACCGGUGGAUCCACCAACGCGGUGCUGCACUUGAUCGCAAUCGCCGACUCUGUGGGCAUCAAGCUCACCAUCGACGACUUCCAGGCUGUGUCCGACCGCACUCCUUUCCUCGCGGAUUUGAAGCCCUCCGGAAAGUACGUCAUGGCCGAUCUCCACAACAUCGGAGGUACCCCCGCGCUGCUCAAGUUCCUGCUCCGCGAAGGCAUCAUCGACGGAUCCGGCAUGACUGUCACCGGUGAGACCCUGGCCAAGAACCUCGAGAAGGUGCCCGACUUCCCUGCCGACCAGAAGAUCAUCCGGCCCUUGUCCAACCCCAUCAAGCCCACCGGCCACAUCCAGAUCCUGCGUGGCUCUCUGGCUCCGGGUGGCAGUGUUGGUAAGAUCACGGGUAAGGAGGGAACCGUGUUCACCGGUAAGGCGCGUGUCUUCAACAACGAGGACGACUUUAUCACCGCUCUGGAGCGGAAGGAGAUCAAGAAGGAAGACAAGACUGUUGUGGUCAUCCGGUAUACCGGACCCAAGGGUGGACCUGGCAUGCCUGAAAUGCUAAAGCCCUCUUCCGCCCUCAUGGGCGCUGGUCUCGGAUCCUCCUGCGCCCUAAUCACCGACGGCCGCUUCUCCGGCGGCUCUCACGGGUUCCUGAUCGGGCACAUUGUCCCCGAAGCCGCCGUGGGCGGACCCAUCGGUCUCGUCAACGACGGCGACGUGAUCACCAUCGACGCGGACAACCGGGUCCUGGAUCUCGCCGUGGACGAGAGCGAGCUCGCGCAGAGAAGAACGCAGUGGGAGGCCGACAAGGCGGCGGGCAAGCUGCCCAAGACUGGACUGGAGUUGCGGGGAACUCUUGGAAAAUAUGCUCGGAGCGUGCAGGACGCAAGUCACGGGUGUAUUACCGAUGCGCUUGAUUAGAUGAUUCUCUCUCUAUCGGACUGUCUGCUGUAUACUUGUACGUACUCUGUAGGAUGAUUAAUUUUGCGUAAUAGCCGAAUGAAAAGCAAUUACUUAUCAC